AUGACCAGAUCCAGAAGAAAAAUUCGCAGGUGUUUACCCAGGUCUAGGUAUUCGUACCGUGAAUACAGCCCACAGGGAAGAUUUUUGGAAGUAUUCGAGGUGGUACAAUUUGAGCAUCUCCCUUGCACAUCUGACACGGGUUUAGAAGGAACUUGCCUACAUGAGAUUGAUUGCACCAAUCAAGGUGGUACCGGAAUGGGCUCGUGUGCUGAUGGAUUUGGGACGUGUUGCAUCGUGUACGUCGAAGUGUCCAAUGUUGAAGGGCCGUUAAUAUUUUCGAUGCAAACAAUUACAGAAGAGGCUCGUCUUUAUUCCAUUAAGAUUACUCAACUAACAGCCUGGGACCAGCUAGCAGCACCUACAGGUUGCCUGCAAUACUUUAAAGAAGACCAAGGUCAUUUAGAAUCAUUUAACUACCGAGACAGAUCAGAAAUAGGCAUCCUAAGAUCAUCAAGUUAUAUGAACAACUUCAAUUAUGCAAUGUGCAUCGAAAGGGCGCCAAAUUCCUGCAGCGUAACCUAUACGAAUGUCGGAGAAAUGCAAAUAGUCAAUUACGAUACAGACGGUCUCCCAGUCAUACCGCCACAACAGGCUGGUGUGGAAAUAUUCAACUGUCCAACAGAUUAUUUGCUAAUAGCUGCUGUAAGACUUUGUGGCGAACGACUCAAUGAUGGCUCUGUCCUGCAAGACUUUUCAUUGGACGCACCAGUGACAGACGAUAGUGCCGGACCUAUAGUAAUAAGGUUUAGAUCGGAUGGGAUUUACACCGGCAGAGGAUUCAAACUUCACUAUCAACAGAAUUCUUGUGCGAAAUGA